ACAGCUAUUGGGGGUGGAGCCCAAGGCUUGAUAUAUGUCAAGAGGUGCCUGACCUGAAGAGUUUGUCAUACACUGUGGCUGAAGUUCAGACUCGCAGGAUGAAUACCCUCCAGACGCUGUUUCUCCUGGCUGCAGGCCUCUCUGGGGCCGUGUCUCAGGAAGACAACGUGUUAAAGGUACUCCCCCAGUUCAGGAACAUGAUCCUCUGCGUGUUGCCCAAAAGCUCGCCUAUUUUGGACUACGCCGACUACGGCUGCUACUGUGGGAAGGGAGGCUCUGGCACGCCCGUGGACGAUCUGGAUAGGUGCUGCAUGGUGCACGACCAUUGUUACGAUGAUGCCAUGCAUCUGGACGAGUGCCGGUCCAUCAUCGACUCUCCUUACAUCAAGAUCUAUCACUACAGAUGCUAUAUGAAAAACAAGAUCACCUGUCGCAAAAAUAAAGACGCAUGUGCGAGGUUCAUCUGUGAGUGUGACAAGAAGGCCGCCGAGUGUUUCGCCAGAACCGAAUUGAACCCCAAGAACAAGCGCCUGCCCAAGGACCAGUGUCAGUAAAGACCUCUACAAACAACUCUAUCACGUGCAGAACUUAGUCUUGCACGUGACAUAGGCAUCGUAGAGUUCUCAAACUUGUGACUGUAAUUUUAAAAAUCAUUAACUGUCCAUGACUCCCUCCAUGUGCUGAACCACUCUUGUAAGCUGUGGCCAUGUUUACAUAUCCUGACAAUAAACACAAUUUGCCCUUCA